UAAGGACCACCAUAUGUAAACAUUCAAGGCUCUUGUGGUAGCUAAACUAACAGAUACGUGUCAUAUGCUUGUGAUCUGCUUUUCUAUUAUGGUAUUUCGACUUUUCCGUAAAGUUAACAAUCUUUUUGUUCCCUAAAUUAUUUUUAGUUGGUCGGCUCGUGAUGCUUAAUUUACUGUGAGAGAUUCGACGCUCGUGCUUAGUCUGAUGAUCAGCUAACUAGUUACUACGAAUUCGUUUUUACUGCAGGGACCCCCCGUUGGUAGUUGGAACUCCGUGCCAGUGAAUGGAGCAGGAUGGCUGCUUUGCCUGUUCCCUGCCCAGUGCGAUUGGGGAUCGUGAAGAAUGGAGGCCUACCUGCUCAGUUGCAUAGGUACACCCUGGAGAAGAAUCUGCACAAGAUGGAGAAGCUGCUCAAGAAAGGUGUGGAUGUGGACUGUGUCAAUCACUUGGGCCAGACACCUCUGUUCUGUGCAUCGCUCCUGGGCCUGGCAAGUGUCACUGAGCUGCUUCUGCAAUUUGGAGCUGACCCCAACCAUCGCUGUGAGGACAGGAGCACCCCCGUCCACGCUGCCGUGUUCGCCUGUAACCCCUGGCUGCUGAGCGGCCUUCUAGACGCAGGGGGGGACCUAAGGCUCCACGACCACAAAGGCAGGAGCCCCCAAGACUGGGCCGAGGCUGGGGCUCAGGAGCACAGCGCCAGGAUGCUUAAGUUCCUGAAGAGCUGUGUGACCCACAUGCACAGCCUGUCUCAGUUGCCCCAGCCCAGGGAGCUGCGCCGGACCCCCACCUCCACAUCUUCCAAGACUCUGCUGCGCUCCCCAUCUCUACUGGAGCUCCUCAAGUCCGGUGGCUCUGACCUGCACCUCAACAGAAAGAUUACCAAGUCCUCUGCCUGUGACACAGUUCAAUGUUUUGGCUUUGGAAAGUUGUGUAUAGAUAAGCCGGGAUAUGCGUUGGGCCUUCUGGCCUCCCUGCCUGUGAUUGGGGACAGUGAGUUAGGGCAGGCGGACGACGAACCCCUCCUCUCCUUCUCCUGUGGCGCCUUCAUUACCAUGACCAAUUACAGCUGGAAGGGCUGCAGGAUCACUGUGAAGGAGCUGCAGUCCUUCUCUCCACAAGGGGGCAGCCAAGAGGCCUACCUCGACCUGAUGCUCAUUGAGCUGGAGUACUGCAACCAGUUGUUCCAUCCCUACCUGCUGCAGCUGAUGGCAGUGAGCAUGUCCAGUGACCUGCUGAGGGUCCGUCUGGUGUUUGAGCGGGUCCACGUGGGCUCUCUGCACAACUUGCUGCACCAGAGGCGUGCUGAGUUUCCAGUGCUGCGUGCUGAGACCAUGCUGUUGGUGGUGCUGCAGGUGUGUGAGGCUCUGCUCUACCUGCACGGUCGGGCCCUUGUGUUGCGAGCGCUCUCCUCCCACAGCAUCCUCCUCACACACCCUGGCGUGGCCAAACUCUCUGGCCUCGGCUUCAUGGUGCCCAGUGACAAUAGUCACUGCAGACCCUCGGCUCACCUGCCCCUGCCCCCAGGCCUGUACAACUGGGCCGCCCCUGAGGUGAUCAGACAGAGACCCUGCACAGGGAAGGCUGACCUCUACAGCCUGUGUGCCCUCAUCCAGGAGCUCUAUACAGACUCAGUGCCGUGGGGCCCGGUGGACCCUCGUUGGAUCAGGCAGACUGUUGAGUCGGGCCAGGCCCUGGCUACAGAUUCCAGUGUGCCCCAGCCUUACUACGCCCUGGUCAGGGUGGGCCUGCAGCCCCGCCCUGAGGACCGUACACACAGCCUGCAGGACUUGCGCUACACACUGCGCCAAGACAUGAAGGAAAUGUCCCAAGUAGGGGGAAGAAGGAGUGGGCUGUACACAGACGUAGGAGGAGGGCUUAGGCCUGCAGGCUGGAGUCCAGAGUCCGCCCCAGUCAAGGAGCCUGCAGACCUCAGGCCUACCGCCUACACUGACCCACAGGAAGGUUCUUUAGGCAGUUCCAUGGACACUACAGUGGACAGGGAGAUCCAGGACCAGCUCAACGAACUGGACAAACUGCUGGACAGAGAGAACGAGACAGAGAGGGGAGAAGGAGAGAUGACGACAGACUCUGAACAGCCCAUAUUCCACCGUGACAUCUCUUUUAGGGACAUCCUGCCCCUGGAUGACUGGCGCCUGUGCUCUGUUGUGCCAUCGGAACCCUACAUCACCCAAGAAGAAGAGUCUGACUCCAGCACUGUAACAGAGGAGGAGGAGGAAGAAGAGGAGCAGACAAUUAUGAAGGAGAGGGCUGUUCAGCCAGAGUGCCCAGUGUCCGGAAAGCUCUCGGAGCACAUCAGCUCCAUCGUCCUCAACCUCAAGGUCUCCCAAGUACUGUUGCAGCAGUCCGAGUGCAACCUGGCCGCCGUGGAAGCGGGCCGUUGUCGACGGCAACAGGCGCGGGGGGCGGUCGACGAGGUGGACGGAGGGGCAGAGGGAAAAGAUGCUCAGACCCCCCACAUCUCCUCAGCCUCCACCUCCCUCUCCUCCACUCUCUCUGGGUCGGUGUGUAGUUACAUGUCCCGGGCAGUGGGGCCUCCUUCACAGUACCGCCUCCUACCACAUGGUGUCCACCCCUCGGCCAAGAGACUGGAGGCCCAGCUACUGAAGGGAGGAGAGGCCAGGCCGAUCAGCGCUGAGGAGCUGGCCGCGUGGCAGAGGGAGUAUCCUCCCGAAGAAUACCCUAAUCUGGAGUGCACUACUUCGGAGGGAACCGGCAGCGAGGGCGAAGAGAUGAGCCACUAUAGCUCAGCUCCGGAGGACAGCUUUGUCAACAUAUACCCCAGAAGGCAGCAGCAGGCAGGUAGAGAUAGAGGCUCCAGAGGGACAGUGAGAGGAGGUCAGCAGGCAGAGACAAAGCAGCAGUCAGUGGACAGACAGGAACUCACUGACAGGCUCUGUCUGUCCUCUGAGGGGACAGAAUCUCUUGAGGACAGUCCCAGACAGCCUGAGAUCCCAGCCAAGGCCAAAUGGACCAGCGAAGUGUCAGAGUUGGUGUCCAGGAUGACCCGGGGGCGUCUGUGGGUGGCUGUGGGCCCCCCUGCCAGCAGUGACAGUGAGGAGAUGGAAGACAGACAGGGGUUUGGGCGAGCGGUGGAACCACCCAGACAGGACCCCCUGGGGCGCAGUGACAACGGCUACAGGUCCUCUCCAGACCCUGCCUCACAGCCACAGAAAGCUGCAGCUGAGGCCCUCGAAAGCAGCUCUGAGCUGGAGCAGAUCUUCAAAAGCUUUGCAGGUGUCCAGAGUGAGAGUGAAGAGGAUGCAGAUUUCCACACAGUGAACCGCACCUUCAAUAUGACAUGUGGGGUGUGGGAGGGCUCGGGACAAAGGGAGGAGGAGGGGACCUCUGAGUCGGACUACACCCAGUCUCCUGUGGAGCGUUCCAGCAUGUUCUACACCCCCAACCCAGAGCAGAGGAACAACCCAUCCAGAGACAGCCAGAGCCCUGUCAGCUCAGAGGAGGACCUGGAUGUGACAGUGGAGGUGUGUAGGGGUGCUGACAGUAGGACUGUACCAGAGGAGCAGACGCUGGAGACCAAACACGGGAAGUAUCAGCCUGUACAGGAGUCAGAUGAGAUUGAUAUAAACCCCACUGUCUGUCAGCACGCACCCUUUCCAAUGGCCAGUGGUCUACCUGACCUGGCUGAUGUCUCCAGCAUCACGUGCUCACCCACCCAGCACCAUGAGUGGUUGGGCCAGGAGAGACUGCAACCCAGCCCCCUGAACAGACGGCCUCCGCCCUGCUACAGCACCCCACGCAGCCCAGCGACUGCGCCCAACUACAGAGCCAUGGGGGUCACUGGGGAGCCCAUCCCCGCUCUGCCCAGCCUGCUGGACACCUCCACCUGGGGCAGCACCCGCUCCCUGCCCCCCCACACCGAGAGCUUCGCCACUGCCAGCCUGGGAGCCAGCAUGACAGACCUCUCCAGACAGACCUCACCCCUGAUGAGAGACUCCUCCCUCGAUGAGACUGGGACGCCCGUGGGCGUGUCAGAGUUCACCACAGCCAGCUCCGGAGAUAGACAGACCACAGGGACCAGCCAGGAGGGGGUGGGCCCUACCUACACCGUACCCACCACCAGCCAAGAAAGGUUGGAGGAGAGAGAGAGUUUAGAGGAGAAGAACAUGGAGUAUCUCGAAGGGGAGAGAGGGAUGUCGCUGGCUGCUGACAGGAAAGAAGAGCUGGAAGGGUCCGAUCAGGGUAGCUGUGCUGGUGUGGAUGUCGACCUGAUGGAUGAAGAUCCUCUGGAUGCUAGCUCCUCUGUUUUAGAGGAAGAUGAACUUGUGUCAGAUGAGGAAGAGUUGCCUGGCGAAGAGGAGACAGCCCAUGAGGAUGAAGAGGUGAUUAAUGAUCAAGUGCUAACUGGCAAAGAGGGUUCUGUGGCCAGUACAGAGCAGGCAGAGACAUCAGGAGCUCACCACGGCAGCACACGCAGUGAAGAUUAUCUUUCAGGCUGUGGUCCAGACACAGAGGGAGCUGCAGCACCUGUACAGCAGAGCCAGGCCAAAGGCCUGUCUGGAGGCCCAGAUUCACUGGAGGAGACUGACAGAGCUCACUCUACUCUGGAUGAGGUGCUGCAGGGCAUGUUGGUGGAAAGGGCCCCUGGUCACAGGGUUCUGAAAAGUCCAGGUCUGGUUGCACACCCCAAACAACAACUGGGUGUGUGUGAGCCCCAGGUAGAGGGAGAGUUGAGUGAGGAUGCAGGUUGUCCAGGAGGGGACCGUGCCGAAGUGGCAGAACGGAAGGGGGUCGACACCGACUGGACAGAACCAGCACCUGUCGCAGAAAAGCUAGAGAUGGCUAGUCAUGAGACCUGGAGUCAGCCUCACAGGGUUAUUGUCCUGGAGCAGACUCCCAUCAAAAGCCAAAGUGACCCCAACCAAGUGAGAAAGAACAUGUAGGACAACAUGUAACUUGAGUCUUAUUUCUCUACACCAUCUUAUUCUACAUUUUAAAAUGUAUCCUUUUGGUGGUGAAAACCACCCUUUAAGCAUGACAAUGUUUUCUUUGGUGCUGGACUUUGGAUAACUUAUGCAUUCUCUCCUAAAAAAAAAUCCUUUGGAUCGUUGAGGUCAUACAUUUGUAUGCAGUGCUCUACAUGAAGCUUUAGUUAAAUGAAAUUGUUAAUAGAUCAGAUUUGACCAAUAUUAAAAACUUAAAUGGUUUCCAUCUGCAUUUUAAGCUUUCAUUUAAGGUUCCUGCUCGUUUUGUAAUUAUUUUUCAUAGUUCGGGAAAGCAACUUCACUGUACUUAAGAUGCUAAUGUGUUUGUGCUCUUAAAUAAAUUCUUAAAUGAGCAAAUA